AUGACAAACAAUAAUGUGCCGAAUGAUGACGUUGGCGAACCGGAUGAUAUGCCAGUGAAGCCUCCGAAGAUUUUCGAUUUCGCUGAUUGGCCGUUUGAGAUUCCCGAUAUUUUCAAGAGAAAAGAGCUGUCCUACAACUACAACUAUGAUCUGGCAACAUCGAAAAGUCUCAUGAUAAUUCGAAUGAUAUUCAAGUGGCGUGGAUCGUUAUGGGAAGCUGUUUACAAAGAGUUGAUCGUUUGGAUCUGUGCCUACACACUUGUUUCAUUGAUUUAUCGAUUCGCAUUGACUGGAACCCAAAAAGAUUUAUUCGAAAGGUUUGGAGAGUACUGUGAUGCUCGAAUGGGAUAUCUUCCACUCAACUUCGUACUUGGAUUCUUCUGUAACAUAAUUAUCCGAAGAUGGCUGAAAUUGUAUACAAGUCUUGGAAACAUUGAUAAUAUUGCUCUUUUUGUAUCUGCCUAUGUUCGAGGAAAAGAUGAUCGAGCUAGACAGAUUCGCAGAAAUAUUAUCAGGUAUUCAUUCAAUUCAUCUUCUCCUAAAACUCUCAUUUUCAGAUAUUGUGUUCUAUCCCAGUGUCUCGUAUUCCGUGAUAUUCAUGUCGGUGUCCGUCGUCGUUUUCCAACACUUGAAGCAAUUGCUCAAGCCGGAAUUAUGUUACCUCAUGAACUCGAAAAGUUCAAUGACAUUAAAUCGAGAUAUCAAAAGUAUUGGGUUAGUUUCAAUUGGGCUCUCGAGUUGCUGAAUGUAGCGAAAUCUGAAAAGAGUAUCGACGGAGAUAAUGCAAGAAAUGCAAUUGCUCAGGAAAUCUGCAAAUUCCGAAGUGCGUUAACAACUGUAUCCAUGUACGACUGGGUUCCAAUCCCUCUGAUGUAUCCUCAACUGGUGAAUAUGGCUGUUCAUACUUACUUCUUCCUCUGUGUUUUCACUCGACAGUUUUUCAUUUCCGCUGAUGCACACAACAAGACAGAAGUGGAUCUUUACAUUCCAUUCAUGACCAUUAUUGAAUUUAUUUUCUAUAUGGGAUGGUUGAAAGUGGCAAUGGAACUAUUAAAUCCAUUCGGAGAAGAUGCUGAUGAUUUUGAUUGUAAUCUAUUGAUUGAUAGAAAUUUGGCAAUUGGAUUAACAUCGGUUGAUGAUGCUUAUGAUCAGUUGCCAGAAGUGAAACCAGAUGUAUUUGUUGGAAGAUCUGUGAAGCCGUUGGAUUCAGAUGACACCAGAAGUUUGAAGUAUCAUUUCGGAAGUGCUGCUCAAAUGGAAGAAAUAUCAUAUCUGAAAAAGGAGGAAAACAAGAUGAUUGCUGCUGGAAAGAAGCCAAACAAGUUGAAAUUGUGGAUGAAGAGUAUGAAGAGAAAACGAUUUGAAACAUCCGCUACUACGUCGUACUCUGUUUCCUUCCCGACACCAUAA